AUGGAAACCCGAAGAAGCCACACCAGAACCUAUUUAUCAUGCAUAUCCGUCAACCUCAUGGCGUUCAUCGCCGGCAUCGGCUACUCCUGGUCCUCGCCCUGCAUACCCAAACUAAAAUCCCCUCUACCCGACAACCCCUUGGGCCGGCCCCUCACCCUGCAGCAAACCACCUGGAUCACCUCCCUGCACGCGCUCGGCUCCCUCGCCGGGCCCCUCUUCACCGGCUUCACAUCCAACAGAAUCGGCAAGAAGAAAACCCUGCUGGUGUUCUCCGCGCCCCAGAUCCUCUCCAGCAUCAUCACCAUCUUCGCCGAUCGAGCGGAGCACCUCUACCUGGCCCGCUUCCUGCUCGGCAUCGGCACCGGCUGCGUCUUCUCCGUCAUCCCCGCCUACGUGGGGGAGGUUUCCGAGCCGGGCGCGCGCGGGCGCACCAGCAUGAUCAACUCGGUGAUGCUCACCACCGGGCAAACUCUAGUACUCACCAUCGGACCUUUUGUAUCCAUUCGAGCGAUAGCUGUGGUGACUUUGGUGGCUUCGAUUGUGUUCCUGGUGAGCUUCGGUUGGUUCGUUCCGGAGAGUCCCUACCAUUACGUGUUGCACGGUAGAGUCGAUAAAGCUGGCAGUACGUUGAAGAAGUGGAGGGCGACCGGUAGUACCGAAAAGGAAUUGAUCGAUAUCGUGGAGAUUUGCGAUGAAUCGAAGCAGGAGCGAACGAUCGGAGGCGUUUUAUCAUCGAAGUUACUGCGAAGGUGUUUGAUCAUAGCGUUGGGUUUGGUGAGUUUGCAGAGUUUGGUUGGUAAUCCUGCGAUCGUGGCGUACCAACAGAGCAUACUGGAUGGUUCCAACGAGGUUAUACCCGGCGAUACGGCUGUGAUUGUUAUUAGUAUUUUACAGUUGGUUGGUACUUAUUGGAGUACCGGUUUGGUGGAUAAAUGGGGCAGGAAGCAACUGCUCUAUGUAUCUUACAUCGGUUUGUUGGUGUCUUUAAUCGUGUUAGGAGGUUAUUUUAUAUUGAUUGAUUACGAGGUGGAUAUGAGUGGGUAUUUUUUCGUUCCGUUCGUUUCGGUUUUGGGUUAUAUAGUGUUUUAUAAAAUCGGAGCGGGGCCUCUACCGUGGACGUUGUGCGGUGAGAUUUUCCCGCCGAGUUUCAAGCCUCAUUUGAGCACUUUGACGGCUCUGGUGAUGACGGCGGUGAAUUUCCUGGUGACGUUGGUGUUUCCUUACAGCCAGAUGGCGCUGGGGUUGGGCUGGACUUUCGCGGUUUUCGCGGGGUUUUCCUUGUUUUCCCUGUUGUAUAUCAAGCUGGCCGUGCCGGAGACGAGAGGUAAGAGCCUCAUCGAGAUCCAGAGGAUUUUGUUGGAGGAUAGAGCGGAUGUGGGUAAUAAAAAUGCGCCUCAGGAGGCGGAUGGUUUGGUUUAA